AUGGCAGCCCCACCUGUCCCAGCUCUCUACGCCGAGACGCAAUUGAGUCUUGAGCCCGCAUUCAACGGAUCGACCAUCGCAAUAUCACUCCCAGCUCAUGGCAUCUCUGCAUUCGGAUCGCGGCAUCAGUCCAAACGAACCAUCGCAACCGACCUGUAUGUCGACCAAGACGAGAACGACUUUGCAAAGAGACACCUCGCCAGUGAUGCCUCCAUCUUCUUCCGCCGCGCAAGCAAGUACCCGCGGUGCUUUCUUUGGAGGAUUCUCGACGACAGGAAGGUGUUGGAGAUUCAGUCUGUGGACCUAAGCCAGGAAGGACAUACGAAGGGCGAAGCUAUCUUGGCCUUAUCGCUCAGCUUUCCGAAUCCGAUCAGGCCGUUCGGUGUAGCAUUCGCAGACUCGGACGAGCGAGAUGCGCUGGAAGCGUUCGUCAUCACAACAGCGGGCGAGCUCUACACCUUGAACCUCAAAAUCGACUUCUUCAUCCGGCCAGCGGCUACGGAGGUUGACGUCAGCGACUGGUGCAAGACGUGCUAUCCCCCUACCUUCGGCGCACAUAUCCCAUACCGACUCGUAGCUCGCAAUGCGCACGAGCUACUGAUAUCUACUCGGAAUGGGAACUUGCUGCGUCUGACCAGACAGCCAGGUGAUGACGCGUGGAGCGAAAUCUACUUUAGCCAUAGCGGCUGGAGCAGCCUGCGCGGCAUGGUGUCGUGGAAGAGUCACAACACCACUCGCUGGAACAACGCUGAUAUCGAACCUACUGCCGCUGUAUCGAUCGCGUUAUCCCCGGACGAAGCGCACAUAUGGACCGUGUCACUCGACCACACUCUAAGGGCUCGCAGUGUAAAGACUGGCAAGAUCGGAGUACAAAUGGACCUCCUUGGCGACAACAAUCGGGAACCUCAAAAGGCAUCUCAAUACUACAUCGGCGCAGCACAGCCUCAGGUUAUGCAGAUUGUUCAGGCGAAGGGAGUUUAUACUACAAACCCAUACUACGUCGUCACCUACUCUCCCAAGCAACACCAGUUCAAGUUCUGGGCCGUUGCGGAUGCAGACAGUCCGGCCAAUGGCAUAAGGGAUGCCAAACCCGAGAUGAGUUUUGUGCCGCCGGUGGAUGAGAUGAUGAACACGACGGUCUGGAACCUGGAAGAAUUCCACGUUAAGGCUGCGCCAUCCUGGGCCAGCACGCAGCUGUGGAUAAGAGCAAGGUCCGGCCCGAACAGCAGGGUGUACAUCAUCAAAUUCAACCUUCUGGAUUUGCAGUCGGACCUGGAGCACGUAUGGAAGCACGAGUGGAUCUGCGUGUCCCCCGGUCCACUUACUGUCGAGGCGUUGAGGAUCAACCCGGAUUAUCCAGGCGACUCCAGCGUGCCGGAUCCUUCGUUGCACAGCCUUUCGAUUACGGAGCGUUGGUUGGACUUCCUGUUUGUACCUGGCCGAUUCACCACGCCGACCCUCGAAACGGCUCUCCUGGUCUACCGUCGAGGAUUUGCGCCGAAGCGCUCCCCAGCAAAGAGCCUCGCAGCAAAGCCAUCGAACAAUCAGCCUCUUAAAGAACGGCUCUGCACUGCCAUCGCAUCGAACGUUGCACUGGAAAGGACGCAUGCGGGUGAGAUUGACUACGAUCGCUACGAGGUCGACAUUGGAUCUCAAUGGCAAGUCUUUUACGGAUUGGUGCGGGACUUGCACAAGCGAAGGAGCGAGUCGUUGCGCCUUGUGUACGAUUCCGUGGAGGACUUGCCGUGGCUGCUGCUUACGGAUUACGUCUGUCCGAUCCGGGAGCUCUCAGAAGUCGAGGUCAUGCGAGCCAACGCAGAGACACUACCUGAUCAUAUAGCUACCAACGAUCCACUAUACCGUGCGUUAGACGGCGAGGGAUCUAUCGAUGUCGCGAGGCUUCUGAGUGCUGCCCGAGUAUUCCGCCAAAGUCUCACGUCAAGUUUCCACCAACCUCUGCAGCUAGCUGUCGCGGCUGAGAUCCUGCAAGAGCCGUCAACUUCGGUCACUGAUCGAAUCAAGUCAUUCUAUGCGCGCUGCGAUCUUGAGUCCCAGGUCACUGAUGAGGACGUCGAUAGGCUUCAUGAUGCCAUGGACGAACUCGGCGGGUUCAGCGAACUUACAACGAGUAACUUUCUCGCAGCUCUGGAGCGGCUUGACGAGAAGCCUCGAGGGCACCACGAGCGGAACGAGGUAACCAAGUUUGGCGUAAGAGCGCUUCUAAGAGGCGCCCAGGACACGGUUGCGUAUGGGACUGAAAUCCUACUAGACCUCCUUGUUCUUGUGGUCUUCUGCGCUUUCGAGUUCAAGCCCGAAGAGAUGUCGCCGCACUUCGAUGCGGCUGACAUCUACGUUGAACUUAUUCCCAAGCUGAAGGAGCAUGCUGUCUUGACCUGGCUCACGACUAAAUCACGACACGAAUCAUCAGGUCGAAGGCGUCGGAGGACCAGUGUCGGGAGCCUGAGCCAGUCCCAAGGGCAAAGCGAUCCGGCUGCCCAGACCAUGACGAUCAUGGAGAGCCUCUUCGUGGGCGACUGGUCUGGCAUGCUGUUCCCAGAAGGCUCGCAGUGCAUGCGUCUCAGGUAUUGGAUCCGAGCGUGGACUUUCGGGUCACAGCUGGGGCAACAGUACGACUUCAUCACCGCUAACAUUAUGGGGGAUCUACUGAAGCGCGACAACACUGAAUUGGCUUCCGAUUUCCUUCGCUUCUUGCCGGGUACGCCGUGGGCUACUUAUUUAAGAGCCCGACUCCAUCUUAGGCUGGAAGAAUAUACUAUGGCUGCUGUAUAUUUCAAGAGGGCUACAGUGGGCCUUGGUAAGUCAUCACCUCUGAGCCAUUUUGACGUGAGGCGAAAUGACUCUUCCGGCUUGCUCAGCCUUGAUGAGCAAGAUUACUUCUCGGAAGGCAUACCGAAGUACUAUCAGCAUGUCCUCAGUUUAUUCGAGAAAGUUAAGGCCCACUCAUACGUGGCCGAAUUUGCCGAGAUGGGCGUGCAAGUUCUCAGUCUCGGUCGGGAAGACACACUCGAUCUAAAAACCGAACUCCUAUCCCGCCUUUUCAACGCCCUGAUCCAAACAUCCCAUUUCGAGGAGGCUUACGCCACCCUGACACGCCACACCAACCCAAUACUCCGCAAAGCCAACCUCACAACCCUCAUCACAGCCCUAACAACGCACUCUCAAUCCCCCCUCCUCCUCACCCUCCCCUUCGCCACCCUCUCCAAAGACGUUGACGCGAUCCUCACCUCCCUGUCCCAAAAGCCCCAGUCCAUCCUCAAGGGGCCGCCCUACCACAACCUCCUCGCCGCCUUCAGACUCCAGCGCCACGAUUUCCGCGGCGCCGCCCUCGUCCUUCACGAGCGGCUCGAGCGGCUCCGCUGGGGCGCUACCAGCAGCGUCUUCGACCCUGGCGACGAGCGGCUCCAGAAGAACCUACUUGCGUUGAUGAACGUGCUAAGUUGCGUGGAGAAAGAGAACGCGUGGAUACUGGCGGAGCAAACGGAGGAGGAGAGGGAGGCGCGGGUUGAGGAGGCGAGGAGGAAGGGUAAGGGGGCUGGGGGUGCGCAGAAGAAGGUGGAGCUGGGGCCGAGGAGGAAGGUGGUUAGUCUUGAGGAUGUGCGGAGGGAAUACCAGGAGGAGCUGGAUCGGGUGGCGAUGGUUGGGGCGGGGAGGUUUGCGUUUGGGGAGGCGGAUGAGAUGGAUGUGUUUUAG